AUGAGAACCAUUGAGGACACCAGAUGGGAUGCACUAUUCCUUGGCCAUGACACCCCCUCCGACCUGCGGGCGGCGCUGCGAUCGGAGCAGGGAGGAAAGCUGUGCAACGACGGGCUAAGAUCGAUCUGCUGGAAGGUGUUUCUGCUCUUCGACGGUGUCGGGCGCGAACAAUGGUCUCAGAAGCUCGCCGAGUCGCGGGAUGUGUACGACGCCCUGCGCGCGCAUUUCCUGAAGUAUAUCGACCACCCCGAUGAUUUGGAGUCGACAGUCGACCCGCUGGCGGACGACGACGAGUCUCCUUGGCAAACCCUCCGCAAUGAUGAAAAACUACGAGCUGAAAUUGUCCAGGACGUCGAUCGAUGUCUGCAAGAGAAUUUCUUUUUCCAAGAACCAUCAACGAAACAGAAGUUGACCGAUGUCCUCUUUGUUUACUCCAAACUCAACCCGGAUGUCGGCUAUAGACAAGGCAUGCACGAGCUACUGGCUCCGAUACUUUGGGUGAUUGACCGGGAUUCGAUUGAAUGCCCGGAUCAAGGUGCAGCCUCUUACACCGAUGAAGAGGGCCGCUUGAUGCUGGACCUCCUUAACACCAAAUUUGUCGAACAUGACUCGUUCACACUGUUCCUGUGUGUCAUGCAGACUGCUCGCAUAUAUUAUGAACAUGGCGAGACGAAGACAGCAAAUAACCAGAUAGAUGUCAUUCCGAUUGUUAGCAGGUGUCAGUACCUCCACCAAGAGGCGCUAACCAUCAUCGAUCAUGAAUUGGCGGAACACCUCCAUGCAGUGGAUGUGCUACCGCAGAUCUUCUUGACCCGUUGGAUGCGUCUGCUAUUUGGCCGAGAAUUCCCUUUCGAUGAUGUCCUUAUGAUGUGGGACUUACUAUUCGCGCAUGGGCUAAGAUCCGACCUUGUGGAUUUCACAUGCAUUGCAAUGCUCCUUCGGAUUCGCUGGCAACUACUCAAAGCGGAUUACUCUGGCGCACUAUCGAUAUUGCUGCGCUAUCCGUCUCCCGAGCCACACGCCCCCCAAACCUUCGUUCAUGAUGCACUCUACCUGGAGCAAAGCCCGACAGCGGAGAGAGGCAGUUUUCUUAUCUCGAAGUACUCGGGUAGACCGCCAGAGUCAUCUAAGUGCCGCAGCCACUCCGGUAUCCGACCUGCCAUGAAGGCUCACCUCUGGGAAGACUUCAAGGGUCGCAGCGAGAGCAAUUCCUCUGCCUCUUCUCCCGCGAGGAACAGCCCCAAGAGUCUUGAGGCACUUUUUCAAGACGUCUCCCAAGGGAUCCAACGCCGGACAGAAGCUUGGGGUGUGACUAAGGCUGUCCGAGGAGCGGUGACUGAGGCUCGGAAGAACAUGCAAACCAUGCAUUAUGAACCAGGUCAUCGUUCUGCGGCCAUACGUCCAAACCCGGCCUCUACAAUGGGAAUCAAGGGCGCGCCGGAGAGACCAACAGCCACCGAGCUUGGCCUACAAACCAAGAUCAGUUGGCUGGAAGAGAGAAACAAAGAACUGGCGGCCGCUUUGGGCGAGGCGUUGAAGGACAUUCGUGGGCAGUUAGAAACCAUGAAGGACCUGGACUCAGGGAUCAUCGAUGCGGCCAAGCAAGCUCUAGAUCGAGCCCAGUCUGUGCAGAGCUGCCUCGAAAAUCUCAUGCUCCCACCCCCAGUAGGGAGUGCCCCGCAUUCCGCUAAAAUAGAUAACGAGGUACCUCGGUCAGCCCCACCACCUGUCUCGAGCCCAGACAACCGUUCUGGACCUGAAGGCGUGGCUGAGAAAGAAGAUCAGCAAGGCGUGCCGCCACAUUCUCCCGUGGAUGCCCCUAGCCCGAGCAUGCAGAAUGGAACCUUGAAGCCUGUCAGCAUCACCACAGUCAGUACGACAAUCACCGACGGCCACGCCGACACUGAGCGGGAGGGACUGCGGCCGGCAGUGCGACCAUCCCUGUCGGAUGCAGGGUUCUCCUGGAUGCUGGGCGGCAGCCGGAACCUUUCGACCUUUGUCAGCUCAGCCUCGAUGCCCCCCGAGCAGAGGCGACAUCAGGACCAACCCCGAGGCAAAGGCAGCCCUCUCUUCGGUCACGGCGGAGACGAGCACCCACAGAUAGCUGAAGCCGAGCACGAUGAAUUGGCGCUGCGCAGUCUCCCAGGUGCUCGGGGGCCGCUGUAA